AUGAAGUUACCACCAAUUUCUCUUAGGUUUAAAAUAGGACUUGGCCUUCUAGUAUCCUAUGGGUCUUUUGAAGUGUACAUGUUCUUAAGAUCAAAGUAUAUGAUUUAUCAAAGGAAACAAGAGUAUGUCAAAACGAUGGACCUGACAGAAGCUGAUGUCUCAAGAUUUAAGUCGGCAACGAUAGGAGGUGUAUUUGUUAACCCAUUUGAUGAAUAUAGACCACAAACAGCAUUCGAGUUCUUAUUCGUUCGGGUUAUGGAAUUGUUUGAAAGCUUUUAUGGAAAUAAAUUCGAAAUACAUGAUAAGUAUCGGGACUUUAUAGAGGGAAACACCGAGGUGGAGAAUGUUUUAAGGCUGUUUAAACCUGACUUGGAACUCUUGAAGUCAAAUUCGAAGAUACUAAACGAAUGCGUCUCUAGCAACAAGUUCAGCCCUCUAUUUAAAUCUUCCAAGACAGAUUGGUUCCGAUUCAACGCUCUGCCGGCUAUAAGAGAUCAGAUGAUUUUCACUUGGAUUGGACAGUCGUGCUCUUUAGUUCAGGUGUCUGGUAUCAACUUUUUGACUGAUCCUCUUCUAAGCAAUCAUUUAUUCAACGAUAUGCUUGGUCCAAAAAGAUUGAUAAAAGCUCCAAUGACUAUGGAGGACAUCAAAUACGCUACAGGCAACAAACUCAACUUUACACUUGUAUCUCAUGAUCACCCAGACCAUUUGGACCUUCAUGCAGCUAAGGAACUUGGAAAUUCAACGACAUGGAUCGUGCCUCUCGGUUUAAGAGCCAAAUUGGCAAGAAUGGGAAUCUAUAAGGUAAUUGAAUUAGACUGGUGGGAUAGUAUUUCACUCAAUGAGUAUAUAGCGACUUCCGAUAAAUUUCCAGAUAAAUACGAAUUGGUCUGUCUACCAGCAAUGCACUGGUCUGGAAGGUAUGUGAUUGACUCAAACAAAUCUUUAUGGUGCUCGUAUAUGUUAAGACGCAAUGGAGAAUCAAUAUUAUAUCACGCCGGUGAUACUGGAUACCUGAAGGAUCUUUUUGAUAUCAUUGGAAAGAAAUACGGACCUACUUAUUUAUCAUUGUUGCCCAUUGGCCAAUAUUGUCCUUCCUGGCAUCAGAAACCAAGACACAUAUCACCUGAAGAAUCUCUCAAAAUAUGUUCCCAGUUGUCGACGACGUUCAUGCAAGGUAUACAUUGGGGCACUUUUAAAUUAAGCGGCGAACCAAUUCUAGAACCUAAAACUACGUUACAAUGCCUUUCGGCCUUGCAAAACAAAACAAGAUACUACCGUGUUCCAGAAUUUGGACUCAGUUAUUUAUACAAUUUAAACAACAGCACUCAAAUAGAAGAACUUCAUAAAGACAUUGAAUAG